AUGGAGGAAGAUGAAGAUUGCCCAGAGCUUGUCCCCAUUACUGAUGAUCAGACACAGUCUAAAAUUCCAGUCACUAUAAUCACAGGCUAUUUGGGUGCUGGAAAGACAACUCUUUUGAAUUAUAUUCUGACUGAACAGCACAAUAAGAGAAUUGCAGUCAUUGUUAAUGAAUUUGGUGAAGGCAGUGCUGUAGAAAAGUCCCUAGCCAUCAGCCAAGCUGGCGAGCUGUAUGAGGAGUGGUUGGAGCUUAGAAAUGGCUGCCUGUGCUGUUCUGUAAAGGACAACGGUUUAAAAGCAAUUGAAAAUCUGAUGCAAAAGAAAGGAAAAUUUGACUACAUACUACUGGAAACAACAGGCUUGGCAGAUCCAGGUGCUGUGGCCUCUAUGUUUUGGGUUGAUGCUGAACUGGGAAGUGAUAUAUACCUGGAUGGCAUUGUAUCAGUAAUUGAUGCCAAGUAUGCAUUGCAGCAUCUAACAGAGGAAAAACCCGAGGACCUUAUUAAUGAAGCUGCCAGACAGGUAGCACUAGCUGAUGUGAUACUCAUCAACAAAAUUGAUUUAGUCUCUGUUGAAGACCUGGAUGCAGUACAUUCAGUUGUCAGGUCAAUAAAUGGACUUGUGAAAAUUUUGGAAACUCAAAGAUCAAGAGUGGAUUUAUCAGAGAUUUUGGAUUUGCAUUCAUUUGACAGUUUGUCUGGAAGAAGCUUACAGGACAAAUUAAUCUCUGGCACACCUCAUAAUCAUCUUGAUAAGAGCAUUGUCACCGCUACAUUUGAGGUUGUUGGAAAUGUCAUCGAAGAGCAUCUCAAUGUAUUUGUUCAGAAUUUGCUCUGGGAAAAGAAUAUAAAAAACCCAAAUGGAAUUCCCAUGGAGGUUAUAAGGUUAAAGGGCCUGCUGUCAUUGAAGGAUAAAUCAAAUCAGGUGAUUAUACAGGGAGUUCAUGAGCUCUAUGAUCUAGAAGAGACCCAAGUAAACUGGCAGGGGGAAAGACUAAAUCGCAUGGUGUUUAUAGGGAGACAUCUGGAUAAGGACAUACUCAAACAGCAUUUCCUAUCUGCUCUGGGACAUUGA